CUGAGGCACUCUAGUAUCCUCACCACAUCUGUGGUGAUCAAACUGGGGUCAGUUGUGAUGGUGAGAGGGCUGCUGUGGGUGAGCCCCUUCUGCUUCAUGAUCUCCAGGAUGCCCUUCUGCCCUAACAAGGUCAUUCCACAGUCCUACUGUGAGCAUAUGGCUUUGCUGAAGUUGGUGUGUGCUGAUACCAGAGUCAAUCGUGGAUAUGGGCUCUUUGUGGCCUUCUCUGUGGCUGCCUUUGAUAUCAUUGUUAUUGGCAUAUCCUAUAUGAAGAUUUUGAGGGCUGUUCUUCAGUUGCCUUCAGGUGAAGCCCGUCUCAAGGCUUUUGGUACCUGUGGUUCUCAUAUCUGUGUUAUCCUGACUUUAUAUGUUCCAGCUCUUUUCACCUUCCUCACCCACCGGUUUGGCCAUCAAGUGCCCCAUAUAGUACACAUCAUAUUUGCUAAUGUCUAUCUUCUGGUACCUCCCAUGCUCAACCCCAUCAUCUAUGGAGUGAGAACCAAACAGAUCAGGGACAGGGUUGUCAGAGUGUGUUGUGGAAAAGAGCCUUGA